AUGAAGGCAUUCAACGACUUCAUUCUGUUUAGAGACAGACACAGGCUGUACAUGCCACAGCAGCUACAGAAACAGCUUCUGGAGGACGGAGUAGUCGAAGAGCAGCUGAACAGCAUCGUGGAAUCCUACAAGAAGGUGGCACCAGGGGCAGACGGACUCAGGAUAGUCGGUCUACCGGACAUGCAUCCAGGAUACUCGUUUCCAAUAGGAACAGUCGUGGCAAUGCCACUGGAAGGUGGAUUCAUAGCACCAGAAGGCGUAGGAUACGACAUAAACUGCGGAGUACGAGUGUUACGAACAAAUUUGACAUACGAACAAAUUGCAAGUAAGCUUAAUUCAAUUAUAAGUGAAAUGCAUGAAUUCAUACCAUCUGGAACAAGAAGGAGCAGUCUCCGACUGAGUCAGGCGCAGAUGAAGGCCGUUCUCUCUCGUGGCAUUGCUGGACUCGUUGGAACGGAGAUGAGGACGCAGGAUGGCCGCGACUCUGUCACGGCUCUCCACGAGUCAGUCGACGCCUACGAAAAGGUGGAGGACUUUGGCUCCCUGGAAACAGGCGUGGACGAGUUCAGCCAAAAGCAGCUUGGAAGGGGAAUUGCGAUGUUUGGGACACUGGGAGGCGGAAACCACUACCUGGAAAUAGAGCGAGUGGCCGAAGUCUACGAGGAGGGCAGCCUCUGCGUCGGAGACGUCCUCGUCUUCAUCCACUGCGGGUCGAGGAGUCUCGGCCACGAGAUCUGUCGAUCUCACGCCACAGGCGACCUCUUCAUUCCGAUUGAAUCGGAUUCAGGCCAGGCCUAUUUUGGGCAGAUGAAGGCAGCAGCAAACUACGCGUACGCAAACAGGGAGGCGAUCUCAGCAAUGGCACUUCGAGUGCUUCGGAAUCACAUUCCGGAAGCAGAGGUUGAGAUUCUCUCUGAUUGUGGCCACAAUAUCGCACGAAUUGAGACAGUUGGGGGCAAAGAGUGGCUGAUUCACCGAAAGGGGGCGAGCAGGGCGAAGCCUGGUGAUUUGGUUGGAGUUGGUGGAUCGAUGGCGACGAGCAGCUACGUCCUUCGCGGCUGUGACGGGGCAGAGGCCACGUUCCACAGCACUGCCCACGGCUCAGGCCGCCUUGUUCGUCGUUCUGAGGCCAGAAGAAUCUUCUCUGUCUCCUCUGUCCUCAAUUCCAUGGCUGGAAUUGAACUACGAACUGGUUCCAUUCCUGGUGUCGUAGAGGAGGCUGCUUCCUGCUACAAGGACGUCAAUGCAGUCGUAGACCACUGCGAGAGAGUUGGAAUCAGUCGAAAAGUGGCAAAAACAGUUCCAAUUGCCGUAAUCAAGGGGUAG